AUGCGAGAAAGCAUCAACAAGAUGCUGCAGCAAGUGAAAGACGGCGUGACUCCCUGGCAAGCAGCUCAGGAAGUUCGUGUACGGCAGCCUCGAAACCAUGCUCGCCCAGACACGAGUACGAGGGUGAGAUCGCAGAUCAACUCAGUCAGGCCACGGGGAGAAGAAUGUUGGUUUACACCAAAGGAAGGCCAUCCAAAUAAUAGAUCUGAGCUGAGUCAUUGGCAAAAUGCCAAUUUGAACGAUACCAAGGAAGCAGACGGUCAAGACCAAAUUAUUGAAUUCAUCCAUGCACGGCUCACGAGGCUGGGCUGGACCAUCCAAACAGAUUGUACCGGGAAGGAUGGAGUCUUUGACUUGCUUGCCAAAGUGUUUGACGACGUCGAGGACCUGCAGUCCAACUGGACAUCUUGCAACAAGAUGUCACGACCUCGCGGUUGGGAUGUAGUGAUGGUGUUUCGAAGCGUCAAGCAUGUGCUGACAGUAAUCGAAUCUGCGCAGCCUGAACGAAACCUCCAGGAGGAGAUGAGCAAAGUGCUGUGUGAGCUGGAUGAGGCCAUCAAGAGCUGCUCUGCCAACCACAGUAGCUUGGUCGAUGCUGAAGAGAUCCAUCAUGUCAAGCCUGUCCCAGUUUCUGAAUCAGAAGCUAGUGAUGAUGACUUGAAUGACAGUCUGGAGGCGAUUGUUGAGGUCUAUUCGAGGCAAGAUUAUGUUGUGCAAGGACAAGAUGAGACAAUCUCAUUAUCUUCGCGCGCAAAACAAUUUCAACAUAUGAAAGUCUCGGAUUUGUUAGCGAGGAGCAACAAGAUUUUGAUGCAAGAAAUGAAAGAAUUUUCACUGUUCUGA